AAAUGGAAGCGUAGCAGCAUAGAACACGCCACGAAACCCAGAGAUAAGCGCAAGAAAUCCUGAAGAAACCAAACAUGGCGACUCAAGCGGCGGCGACUAGUGAGAUCGCGGCGGUGGGCGUGAUCGGCGCGGGCCAGAUGGGCUCGGGCAUCGCCCAGCUCGCCGCCGCCGCCGGCUGCGGCGUCCUCCUCCUCGACUCCGAUCCCGCCGCGCUCUCGCGUGCAGUCGCCUCCAUCUCCUCCUCCCUUGGCCGCCUCGUCGCCAAAGGCCAGAUCUCCCAGGCUGCGUGUGACGAUUCCAUCAAGCGGAUAAAGUGCGUCUCCGAUGUGCAAGAGCUGCAGGGUGUGGAUCUCGUGAUUGAGGCCAUCGUUGAGUCCGAAGACGUCAAGAAGAAGCUGUUCGUGGAGCUGGACAGGAUCACCAAACCCUCUGCUAUUCUUGCGUCCAACACUAGCUCCAUUUCUAUAACCCGGCUGGCCUCAGCUACCAGUCGCCCCUCUCAGGUGAUAGGCAUGCAUUUCUUUAACCCUCCUCCAAUAAUGAAGUUGCUUGAAAUCAUACGAGGAGCUGAUACAGCAGAAGAGGUUUUUUCUGCGGUCAAAUGUUUUUCGGAAAGGAUUGGGAAGACAGUCAUAUGUUCGCAAGAUUACCCUGGCUUCAUUGUAAAUCGCAUCCUAAUGCCGAUGAUUAAUGAAGCGUUUUGGGCACUUUACACAGGAGUAGCAACCAAAGAGGACAUCGAUACAGGGAUGAAGCUUGGCACGAAUCAUCCAAUGGGCCCUCUGCAGCUUGCUGAUUUCAUUGGAUUAGAUGUUUGUCUUUCGGUGCUUAGGGUACUUCACAACGGGCUAGGAGAUAACAAGUACAGCCCGUGCCCUCUUCUUGUUCAAUAUGUCGACGCCGGUCGACUUGGAAAGAAGCGUGGACAAGGUGUAUACUCAUAUGGGAGAGGCGUUUACUCAUAUGGGGGAAGCUCUCCAUCUGUUAAGCCAAAGUCAUCUCUGUGAACAUACCCAACGAGAUGAAGUUGUGUAUGUACCUUGUACUGUAUGUAUAAACAGGUCCAAAAUACUCUGUGCACUCAUCACCGCAAUAACAGGCUCGAACAGGCUUUGCUUUGUAGGAUUAUUAAAGAAGCUAUAUAAAAAGAGCAGCCUUCAGGGGCUCAAGCAGA